AUGUUGGGCGAAACAGUGAUAAGCGUCAAAGUUAUUCGCAAUAAAGUUACUGGUCAAACUUUGGGUUAUGGCUUUAUAGAGUUUCCCAGUUCGACCGCUGCACGGGAUGCUAUGUUGAAGCUGAAUGGAAAGCCAAUCCCCGGAGUUGCUACAAAGCGAUUUAAACUGAACCAUGCAAGUUACGGAAAGGAUAGCUCUUCCAGUAACGAGUGUUCCCUUUUUGUUGGAGAGCUCACAGAAGAUGUGGAUGAUUUAGCACUAUUUAAUGCGUUCAAAAAAUAUCCUACUUGUCGAUCCGCCAAAGUGGUUAUGACUAACGGUAAAUCACGUGGCUACGGAUUCGUGCGGUUCUUGACCGAAUCGGAUAUGGAUAAAGCGUUAAUUGAGAUGCAAAACUACUGCGGUUUAGGGUACAAGCCGAUUCGAGUAAGUUUGGCCAUACCAAAACGCUACAAUGCGGAUGGAAGUCUGGCAGUCACAACCUCGUCCAGUUCGGAAACCACUUCCUCCAUCGUCCCUAGUGUUAUUCAACGAUAA